CACCCAUUCAAAACACAGGCAAGCCCAGACACACACCGACCGAACGGCUGGCAAUGCGCCUCUCACUGAAUCUACCGAGACAACUGGAGGCUCGGACAAACUGACCGGCACGGUUGAGGACCAACCCGCCACACAACAACACCGAGCCGUGAUUAUUCAACACGCGCUCUGUGGCGUGUUUUUUUUUUUAUUUUUUUAUUUUUUUUAAUUUUUAGCAGUUCCUUUUCCUCCAAUAAGCAUCAAGACACCAAGCUACCUGUCAAAGCAUUAUCUGUCACGGAGGUUAUCGCUGCAGAUUUCUGGAGACAACAAUGAUUCUCGCGGAUGAGCUGGCAACAGCCGCAGCGAAGGGAAACACGGCAGAUGUGGAGUGUCUUCUGCAGGAAGGAGCACAAGUUAACGGGGUGAACUGUUUUGGACGAACCGCUCUACAGGUGAUGAUGAUGGGGAGCACACCGGUGGCUAAGGUGUUACUGAAGUACGGAGCGGAUCCCAACGUGGCGGACACAAGCACCGGGACCACCCCGCUGCACGACGCGGCCAGGACGGGCUUUGUGGACACUGUGCGGCUCUUGGUUGAAUACCAGGCUGAACCGCAGGCGACGGACAAUACAAACUGUCGGCCUAUUGAUUUAGCCAGAGCGAACGGCCAUGAAGAUGUGGUCGCUUUCCUGGAGUCUCUCUAAAACCCUCUAUGAUGCUGUGAGAUUCUUAUUUCCUGCCACUUGCUCUGAAUGGGGACGUAGAGCUCAGAGAAAUGGGGCCUGAAGAGGCCUGCAGCCUAAAUUACACACCGACUGCUCUGCUGCAAAAUACAUCUUUAUUUAUUUGUUUGUUUUUAGCUGAAAAUGCAUAAUUAUUUUAUUUUUUAACGAAAUCAGGGUUAUCUAUUGGCACGGGGUCGCUGAUAUGACAAACAACGUGAGAUAAGUACAAUAUUGUUAUAACGGUCUAAAUGCUGUUCAGGGUAUUCAGCUCCGUGGUUUACAGCGACGUUAACACAUUUUAUUUCACUUUUAACUUCCGUUGCAUUGUUCAAAACUUCCCAUAAACCAAUAAGAAAACCAUCAGUGUAGGCUAGUGUUUUUACAGUAUUGUAUUUUUUAAGGAUUGUGGUUCGUUCUUGUCAUGAACCUAAUGUGGUUACCGAAAUUUAAGUAGAGCUUUCCAUGUCAAAUAUUUAACCAAAAGACAUUGAAAAUGUUUUGCACGUUUGAACAUUAGUGUCUUACUGAUGCACUAUUCUGUAAGCAUGAAGCAUGCUACGCUGCAGAGACAAUGAAGUCCCUUUUCCUGUUUGUAAAAAUUAUAACCAGAUCUUGGAUAUUAUGCACUUUAAUAAAAUGUCACCUCUUAAGAUUUA